AUGCUCCAAUACCCCACCGCAUCACUGUGCCAUCCACAGUCCACACCCUCUCUGCUCCUCGUGCACUCAAUGCCCGCGUUGCUCUACGAGGUGUUGUGGGGGGCACUGGGAACAGGGGCGCAUGUGCGGGAUGCAGCAGCGUAUGUGUUCUGGGCAUCGCUCACUCCUUCUCACCGGCCGUCGCUGCUGCUUCCCUGCAACAGCUUUGCCCUCCCCUCCUUGCCGUUGCGUGGUGUGACCGCCAGGGGGGCUGCUGUGACCGCCAGGUGGGCGGCAGCAGCGGCCUUCCAGGAGGUGGUGGGUCGCUUUGGCUGCAUCUCCGACGCCCACCACCCGAGGCACACCCCAUGCCUCCACCAGAGGAGCUGGCCAAGGAGUCCCGACCCCCCCUUUCGCCACGAAGCCCUUCUCGCCACUGCUGCCCUCCUGCCACCCCUCUCCGCAUCCUCUCCCUCCUGUGCCCUCACAGGCACCCUCUCCUCCCUCACCUCCUCUCUCCCGAGUCUCCUCGCCCCGCGCUCCUUCCGAGGGCGCCUAGCAGCAGAUCUCAAGGUGGCCUGCUGCCGCCUGCUCUCCGCGCUCGCUGCUGCACUGCCCCGCGCACACCUGCCGCCCCUGCCCGUGCCUGCUCUCACUGCUGCCACUGCGUGCCUGCAUGACAUGCUGGCUGGUGAUGGGGGCGAGCUCCAGUGUGCACGGGCGCGCUUUGUCUCAUUGGUGCAGGAGGCAGCAGCAGCAGCCCUGUGGGACCUCGCUCGCUCCCAGCUCUUCCCUGCCUGCACGCACCUCGUGCACCAAAUAGUCACCUGCCAUGCAGCGACUCUGGAGUCUACCAGCUCUGCAGCGAGGCAAGAGGACGGGGAGAGACAUGGGGGGACGGAGGGGAGAGGGGAUGAGGGAGGGGUGGAUAAGAGUGAGAUGUCAAGGUACGAGCUGGCAGAGCGGGUGGUGAAGGCGCUGUGUGCUGCUGCCACCAACAAUCGGGGGCGUCGUGCCGUGUCUGACGUGGCAGUGCGGGCAGCAGCCGUGGAGGCACUGGGUAAUGCAGCCAGCAUCAUUCCCCUCCUGCAGGCCGGCGGGGCAGGCACAAGGGGGCACGCAGGGACAGGUGGGGGAGCCGGGACACAGGUGGGGGAGGGGGAGAAGGAGGAGGGGGAGAAGGAGGAGGUUGAGCUGAGAAGACAGCGUGGUUUGGUAGGGCUUGGGUGGUGGGAGGAGGGGGGGGAGAGUGUGGUGGGUGCGUUGCUGCGAGCAGCACAGGACUACACGGAGGACCAGCGGAGCGAUGUGGGCCGCCUUGUGAGGGAAGCUGAGAGAAUCAAUGAACACAUCUUCGGGGUGGGAGAGAAGGUCUGA